AUGAAAUGUGGUCUGAUCUCACCACAGGAAAAGCACGCAUCACCUGUGGAUUUGGCCAAGCAUAAGACUAGCGAAGAAUCGCAGACGGCCUUUUUGGGAGAGGUGCUGGAGUUUUCUCCUUCCCAAGCCUCCUUUGGCACAGGGACAGUUACUCGUCUAGGCGUUCCUAAAAGAACGAUCACCGCGCCGAUCAUUCGCAUUCGAAGUAUGUGUUACUAUUUCAGUGGAGGAAGCCCGCCUAAGUCUAGGUUUUAUAUGUUUGUUCCCCAAUCUUACGGAGAGAUUCUGGUUGAGACCCAGGAGAUCCCGUCUAUCGAGCCUCGCAUGCUCUUUGCUGCCUGCGAGUAUAAAAAGCUUUACUUGAUCCACGGGGGCCUAACUUCGUAUUGGAACGCCUGCAGCAAGGUUGACCCCAUGAAGGUCGACGCUAUUGAUCCCUUCACAUAUAAGACGUCUGAGAUAAAGCUGGCCGGCGACCACAUCUCUCCACGCUAUUCCCACAAUUUCUGCAAGAUCUCUAGCUGCAAAGCUCUGCUCUAUGGAGGGAUCGGUAAGCGGAAGGUGCCGUGUGGAGACGCUUUUAUCGUGGACUUUGAUGAUCAAACCGUGACUCGCGUUCUCAAGCCACCGAUUGCCGUGGGGAGCGUCAGCUCGGCCCUGGUUGAGGAGACGGUUUACUUCUUUGGGGGGCUGGACCAGAGGAGGCACUAUAACACGCUCUUCUACUAUGACCUGGUCAACGGGCAGUGGGGCGAGCGCACUUUAAAGGAGAUAUCCCCGCGACGAGGUGCAAGCCUUCUUGCAUUUGGGAGCAACUUGCUCGUUAUUGGAGGCCGCAACGAUUGGGACAUAUUCAACGACAUAUGGAUUAUCGACCUAAGAACCUUCGAGCCUCGCCGCUUGAAGCUUUCCGGCGACCCAUUUUCGGGAAGAUCAGGGGGAUCUUGUAUCCAAGUCACUAGCAACUCGUUCCUACUCAUCGGAGGCCACGCUUCUCCGGUCAGCAUGGAACAAUCGUACCUGGUCGCGCUGGCGUAG